CCCAUUUAAACUGUGGUUCAUAUCAGGCAAUUGAGAGCAGCAUUUGAAUAGAUAGGAAGAUCAGUAGAAAGAAGGAACAAGAUGGAAGGACCUUGUGCAUGUGUUAAUUCCAAUUGUGGGUGUUUAACUAAUGGAGAUUGUACAUGUUCUACUUGCAGGUGUGACACCGUCACUAAGGGGAUUUCUGUAGAACAAACAAGUGGUGGAGAAGUGCAUGCUUACUGCUCUUGUGGAGAGCACUGUCACUGCAAUCCGUGCACAUGCUCCAAAGUUGACGUGGCAGUUUCGGGAAAGUCAUAUUGCAAGCGCGGGGCAAAUUGUUAGUGUGACACGUGUAUGUGCCAGAGCGGAUGUUCCAAUGUCAGCCCUUGCAUAGAUAAAUAUUGGAUUUAGAUUAUGUAGUGUGACACGUGUGUUAUCUAGUUAGAUAAAGAUUUGUGUUUAUAAGUGUGUAGACCAUGUGGAGGUUGUUGAUUAAACUGUGAAUUUAAUAAGUUGUUGUAAUAAAAGCUUCAAAGCUUUGUUCAUAAUAAUAAAAUUAAGGCACUUUAUCCUA